AUGUUGUGGAAUUUCGAUCUUUCCGAAUGGUUUCCUGCUCAUCAAGGACGUUUCUCAAGGGCCAUCCUGCUGUGUGUCAAUUUGGCAAUUCUCUUCACGUCAGUAGAUGGUAGCGGUACCAGUGAACCUCAGAAUCAGCAAUCCUUGCAAGUCAUUGACCUGAAUGCGGAAAGCAUGAAACAGCAUCGUUGGUUGGCUCCCAUCAGCGGCUAUGUCCAAUUUGGUUUUAAUCUUGCAGGGGAUACCGAUCUUGCAUUGUUUGGAAGCUAUGUGGCCAUAGACGAGGCAGGGACAACAAUAGCAGUCCAUGAAAGGGGAACUGACACUGUUCGUGUCUAUGAGAUUGCUGCCAAUAUACCGGUAUGGACCCCAAAAGGUCAAGACUUGACAGGUUUUCCUCAUUUACCUUUUCGAAGUGGUUUUACAGUUGCCAUAUCAAGAGAUGGCAGCAUUGUUGCUGUCAGCUCUUCUGCCAAUGAAGUUGUUGUGGUGUUCCAAUAUAACAGCAGCUCAGAAAUGUGGUUGCAAAGAGACAGUACAAUUGUUGGUGUUGAGUUGGAUGGCUCGCCAAUUUUCUCCUUUGGUUGGGCCAUUUCUCUGUCAGCAGAUGGAGACAAAGUGGUAGUUGGGGCUCCUCUUUAUGAUACCCCAACCAACCUUCAACUUGGGUUUGCAACAACCUACUUCUGGGAUGGCACUGACUGGCAGCGAGAGCAAUAUGACGACCCUAAUGAUCUCUCUGCUUUUGUUUCUGGAUUGUAUGGACCAAAUGCAUUGGCACAGAUGGGGUGGUCUGUAGCAUACUCUGGAGAUGGCAACUGGUUUGCUGUUGGAAUGCCUGGAUCUGGACCCUCUGAUUCUGACUCUACAAGGUUUGGUGAAUGCCGUGUUUAUGCCAGUGAUGGCAUACUCAACCAAAAUUUUGUUGAUGGUGGAGCCAUGUUUGGGUCCACCAUCUCUGACAAUUUUGGCUAUUCGGUGGCUCUAAACUACGAUGGCAGCAUUGUUGCAGUCAGUUCUCCUCGGUUUGAUCUGCUUGCUGCUACCCAAAUUGGCAAGGUGCAAGUCUUUCAAAGAGCUGAUGAAUUAUGGGUCCAAUUGGGAAGUGAUCUCAUUGGAGAUGAACAAGGAGAUAGAUUUGGGUUCUCUAUUGAUCUAUCCAAUGAUGGCAAAACCCUUGUUGCUGGAUCUGCAGUCUCUCGUGGUUAUGUUCGCAUCUACAAGUUUGACGGCACUGAUUGGGUCCUUCAAGAGAUCAGCAGAAUGCAAGGUUUUGAUAUUGAUGGAAUUGGGGCAACUGAUGAGUUGGGAUAUAGUGUUGCUGUUUCUGGAGAUGGGACAAAAGUCCUUGUUGGAGCACCUUUUUAUGAUGAGUCAGGUCAAGAUAAUGGUCUUAUCCAAACGUGGAGACAAACUGACUUUCCCACGUUUUCUCCUAUCCUGAAUCCUUUGCCUCAAGUUGGCAACCUAGGCACCACCGGAACUGGUGGAAGCCCUGCAGAGGACAAUUUUGUUAGCAGGGCAUUCGCUUGGUGGAAGGGUGCUAUCGCCUAUUUGGAAGAAUUUUUGUUCAAUUGA